AUGCCUGAGCAAGAUACUACGGUACGCCAUUCCGUGCCACUCGCUAAUCGCGUUGGCAAGGACAAUACCAAGCCUCAACCUCCCAAACCCCUACCAGCUCUCAAGUCAAUUGAUCAAGUAGAGUUGAAUACUCUGCAGGGCGUUAAAGUAUUGGAUGGUGCGGGGGUCGUCCAACUAAAAGAUGGUAGUUAUCGUGUCUCUCAGGCCGCUCGGGAUGCCCAUAUCGAGAAGAUUCGAAAUCUGAGCCAAGAUAAUCCAUCCUUAGGCUCCACCAACUUUCCAGGAAUAGAGGCAACGCUGGACAAUCCUACCACCAUGUACGUGGGCUACUUCCAUCCAAAGGUUGUAGAGGCAAUUAAUGCAUCUCCUGAACUACUCUGCUUUACUCCCAAUAUAGUUGUCGAAAAAUAUGUCGCUACUGAAGAGCCCUGCUCUAAUUGGGGGGCGUCCAAGGUCACGUUGUCGGAUGACAGGUUCAACGAGAUCCAGAUCCUGAAUGAAAACAAAUCCAACUCAUGGGUCAGAGACACAGCAGUCAUGGGCAAGAAGGGAGAGAAUGUGACUAUCUGUAUCGUAGACGGGGAGGGUUAUGUGAAAAACGACAUAGAGGCUGAUCGUCCGUUUACGGUCAAUGCCAGUAAAACCGUCGGUAAGGCCGAAGACCAUUGCACUAUAGUCACCAACAUUGCCUGUGGGCAAAAUCACGGCGUCGCUCCCAAAGCAAGUGUCAAAAUCCACUACUUCGUGGGCACGAUGCCCACGCAAGGUUUUGUGACAUGCGCACUAUCUGGUCUUCAGCUGGAAAUCCAAAACAACAAAUUGCCCGGCCGUAUCGUUUUGAAUAUGUCUUGGGGGCUUGGAGACCAGGAGCCUGGUACCGUUCGAACCGCCUCAUACAUCCUUCAGCGGUUGAUAAAAGAGUACAACAUCAUUCCGGUGGCUGCAGCUGGAAACAGCGGGUCCAAGACAUGCUUGUAUAGAACCUCAAAGGCCUGGCCGCAAUGUGAGCCCGGAGUGAUAGUUGUCGGUAAUACAGACAAGAAGGGUAAGAUCAACCAGCAAUCAUGCUAUGGUCCAUUGGUGGACGUCUACGCACCAGGUACGGAUAUAGCAGUGCCAGGUAGCAACUUGAUUACGUCCGGCACAUCCUUCGCCGCGCCAUUAGUCUCCGGUUUUCUGGCCAAUCUUCUUUCGUCCGAAGGCCAGGAUAGUCACUUCGCGACAAUCACUUCUGAAGAACUGUGCAAGGUGUUGCUAGAGAGUUUCUCUGUAAAGACAGAUCAAUGGAAAGCCCCAAAUCUGCUAUUUCCGGGUGAUGUGAGAACCAUCACAGCACGCAUGCCAAAGCCAGACUUUGACGCGCUCACCAUUACUGUCAGCAUCAAGAGUCCACACUUUCCUUACCAAGACCAGAUCGCUAAUGAAUGGCUACAGAUGAUUAAGAGCAACUAUGGGAUCAAGCCUCCACGAGGUACAAAGACACACAAGAUAAGCCUCGAUGAUCUGAAGAAGAUCGCAGUCGCAAUCAAAGAGAACAAGCCGGAUGAGUACGAGUCACUCUUGAAUAAGCGUGCUGGGGCCGAGAACUGGGAUGACAUCCCUGGACUCGAGAAUUCUUGGGGCGAGUUGAAAAAGUUCAAGUGCGAAUAUGACGCUCAAAAUGAGGCAACAGCGAACGAUUUGAUUCACCAAAUGGCACAGCUUUCACUUGACGCGCCCGGGGUCUUUAGCUGGACCGGUAUACUCAAACACUGA